UAUAAUUUCAGAGUUUGUGUUCAGUCAGAUAAACUUCCAGCUGCUGUGUUAUGUACGGAAAAAUCUCGACAGCCAUCCUUCUUAUUUUUGUUGCGCACAUGGAGAUUCAAGAAUACUUGUUCCCGGCAACUCACGCGCAUUCCUACGGAAUAAGAGACUUUGCGAAUACUAGAGAACCUAUAUGGACGUACAAUACCACAAAAACAGAGGCUGUCCGUUGCAGGUGCGAUCAAAUGCGAUUUAUAGACCCUGUGUUCAUUGGAUUCAACAGGACAAUGUUGCACAACAGACGAAGGGUUAGUCUUGAGCUGCUGGGACAGUUUAGCCGCACCCGUGUGACAGAGAUGUUCAUCUUCCACGGACAUGUACAAUUGUCUACUGAAAUUCUCGUCUUCAAGACCCCGGACAGUUCGUGCGGCAUUAUAGUGACCAAGUCCUCCGUGCGAAAUGCAACUUUUGUUGAUCUCCGGAUCAGAGAUUCUUUCAUCAAAGGCGGCCCUCGGCGUGAGUGCAGAAGAAAAUUUUCUCGAAUCGCCCGUACUGGCAGAGUUAUAUACAGGUCAAGUUGCUCAAAGGAACUGCGUAAAGCACUUCUGUGAACCUACUGACUAUGACCUAACGGUCAAUAUGAUUUUAUUACGUGGAUCUAUUAACUCCUGUUUGUGUACAUAUCGUACAACGGCACACCGAUGAAGACUGCCAGCGACAACAUGGUGAUGCUGCCUGACUGGUCCACAAUAUGAACUGUUUGAGGCAUGCAUAAUGUAUGUACAUAAUAAUACA